UCCAACGUCCACCGCUAGAGGUCGACAAAAUACCACAGACGGCUGGAGGCGACCGGAAGCUGUGACGGCGUGCUGUCCAACAGAAGCACAACAAUGAGAGCGAUUAUCCAGAGGGUGACCAAGGCGAGUGUGACAGUGGGAGAGGAGCAGGUCAGCUCCAUCGGACGGGGAAUCUGUGUCCUGCUCGGGAUUUCUGUGGACGACACGCAGAGAGAUGCUGAUUACAUCGUUCGAAAGAUCCUGAACCUGCGGCUGUUUGAGGACGAGAACGGCCGGGCGUGGGCUAAAAGUGUCAUGGAGAGGGACUUUGAGGUUCUGUGCGUGAGCCAGUUCACCCUGCAGUGCAUCCUGAAGGGCAACAAACCCGACUUCCACUCGGCCAUGCCUGCAGAGCUCGCCCAGCCCUUCUACAACAGCAUCCUGGAGAGCAUGAGGAGCGCCUACAAGCCCGAGCUCAUUAAAGAUGGGAAGUUCGGGGCCCGCAUGCAGGUCAACAUUCAAAACGAUGGUCCUGUCACCGUGGAGCUGACGUCCCCGGCUGGUCCCACAGACCCCAAACAGCUCUUGAAGUUGGAGAAGCAGCAGCAGAGGAAGGAGAAGACGCGCUCCAAAGGUCCGUCGGAGUCGGGACGGGAGAAAGGUUCCCUGCGCUCCAGACAGGAUCCCAGCGCCAGCAGCGGGGCGGAGGGCGACGUGUCUUCAGAUCGGGAGCCGUAGUGGAGCCGGAGUGCCAAACAAACCGCGGACACGAACGUGAGCCGGGUUCACUCAGGAAGAACUCUUAGACCCUGUUUCUGUCUGGAGACCCGCUGCGUCCAGACCGACCCGUUCGGACUGAACCAGUCUCUCUAUCUGCUUUUAUCCCCAUUUGUCCGCUUCGAUCCGUCUCUGCUGGAUUCCUCUCUCUCUGUUCUCACUUCACGCCUCUUCAGAGACGUUCAACUGAAACCCCAAAGCUCCGAGUCCUCUGCGGUGCUGCAGACCGACUGCACCGGUGCCCCCUCCUCCUCUCCUGGUACAUUUGGACCCGUGCAGCCUCUUCUAAAGUCCUGUUUCCCGUUUCGAGCAGAUUUCAUGUUCUGACAUCAAUCUGGAAAGUCUCUGUAACCAACAGAGUCGCUAACAGAUGCUUUAAAUUACGACCCCAUUAUCCCCGUGCUCUUUCUGCACGCUUGGACACAUCUUGGUGUUUUUGCAGACGGAGUUACUAAUCGAGCUCGCACACGUGCAUCAUCGUCGCUUCAGUCUAAUUAACUGGAGGCAAAAUCUCACCGAAAAGCAGCGGAAAGGUGUUCAGGCUUCAUAAUUAUUGUUGAUGUGAGAAUGUGUCAGGGAAGCUGCAGUAAAUCUAAGUUUAGAUCAAACAGAUGUGACUGUGAGUCACUUUCUUCUUUCUGUGACGAAGGCAUCGACACAGAGGAAUGUUUAGAAUCUGGUUUUGGACAUCAGUAAGAUAAGAAAUCACCUUAAAAACCCAGAUGAAGGAAAAAUGGCCAACAACAUUUAAAACGACUCCAAAUCAGUCACUUCACCUUUUCGCUGCUUGUUCUUCUUCUUGACUCCUCGGGACAAUCCAGGGUGUAGAAAUCAUGAAACGCGGCGUUUGGUGUACGAUUCCCUCCUCGAUGCUGUGUCUCCAGGCGGGUCUAAAUGUGCAUUUUGUUGCUGUAUAAAACUUCAGAGCGUU